AGGAACAGAUGCAGCUGCAGUUCAGAGAGGGGGUGAGGCAGGGAGGCAGGAAGAGUUUGAACAUACUGCAGAGGGAGUGCAGCUAUGGGGAACACGCAGGAGAAACCUUCAGGCAGUGGAGGAGCGAGGCUGGAUCAAGCCACAGCGGGGAACGGCACCAGAAGCUGGGGUGGAGGCAGCACGGACAAGUCCCACACUCAGGGAUUUCCAAAGAAGGGGAUGGCCAAUGGCACGCAGAGGGAAAACAGCCCUGCUGGUGGACAACGGGAGCAGAGCAGCCCUGCAGUGGACACAAGUUACCUGGACGCUCCUGCUGGGGCCCUUCCUCCUCACCUGGCUCGCCUCAAGAACGAGGGAAACCAUCUCUUCAAACACGGACAGUUUGGAGAUGCUUUGGAAAAAUACACUCAGGCUAUUGAUGGUUGUGUGGCAGCAGGCACUGAUAGUCCAGAAGACCUGUGUAUUCUCUACUCCAACAGAGCCGCCUGUUACCUGAAGGAUGGAAACAGCUCAGACUGCAUAGACGACUGCACCAAGGCUUUGGAGCUGCAGCCGUACUCAUUGAAGCCCUUGUUACGUCGAGCUAUGGCCUACGAGUCACUGGAGCGCUACAAAAAAGCCUACGUGGAUUAUAAGACGGUGCUGCAGAUGGACACAGGAGUGCAGGCGGCUCACGACAGUGUCCACAGAAUCACUAAGAUGCUGAUCGAGCAGGACGGGCCUGAGUGGAGAGAAAAGCUUCCAGAGAUUCCAGCCGUCCCACUCUCUGUCCAGCACCUACACAGACAGAAACCAAUCAGCAUUGAGCUGGCCCAGGCCCGAGCCGCCAGGGCUGCACAAGACGAGGUGAGGAGAAAAGAGGCUCAGUUCAGUGUACUGAAACAGAAAGGCAAUGAUCUGGUGAAGAAAGGUCACUUCCAGGAGGCAUUGGAGAAGUACAGUGAAUGUCUCACCAUGAGAUCUGAUGAAUGUGCUGUUUAUACCAACAGAGCCAUUUGCUUUCUGAGGCUGAAUCGCUUUGACGAGGCCAAACAGGACUGUGACUCUGCUCUGCAGCUGGAGCCGAGCAACAAGAAAGCCUUCUACAGACGAGCUCUGGCCCAUAAAGGUUUACAGGACUAUCUGUCAGCCAGCACUGACCUGCAGGAAGUCCUCCAGCUGGACCCAAACGUUCGGGAGGCCGAGCAGGAGCUUGAGGUGGUGACUGGUUUGCUGAGACAGAGCCUGAUGAAGAGCACUGCGCACACACCGAGGGUUUGAUGUCUCCCUGUGGAUCAAUAAACAGGUGUGGACUUGUAUUAUACUCUUAGCAGCUGUGGAGGGGGAAAAAAAAACCCACACUCUUUUUUAAAGCCAUCAACUUGAUUAAGUAAGACCUGUGAAAACAGAAAUGACUGGUGGUAAUUUCUACGACAGGCUCCUCGGAUGACUACGGUGUGAGGGCUGCACCAUCUGCAACGUGUGCAAACUGCACCAUAACUCCUGAGUGCACAACUCUACAAAACAGGCAGCCUUGUUUUAAAAAUAAAAAAUAAAAUGUCAAAGUGCUUGACCUGCUUGCAAUAUAAAAGGCAUUCACGUGAUGGUGUAAUGCGUUGUAUAUACAGAUUCAUGCACCAAGCUGCCGCACACGGUUCUCUGUUGAGGUAAGAUGGAAAAAAAGCCGAGUGAGGGAUCUAAUGUGUGCCUUAUUGAAGUUGCUAUUGGGCAGGAUGAAAUAUGCCAAGAUUGAGUUUUACUUCGAUUUUUCUUUUUUUGUGUUUGUUUGGUUUCAAAAUGAUUCAGUGAGCCGACGAUGGAAGGGCUGAAAAAAACCCCGGAUCCAACUCAAGUGUAGCAGUAUGUGAAGAUGACAAAUGCGUUCAGUAUAGGUCAUUUAUCAUCUCGGUACGUUUCUGUGUAUCGAGGCUUCCAGCUCUGUCACUGUUUACACCUAUUUAUAUUAUCAUAGCUUCUGCUAAUUUAAAGCUUUAACAGACUUUUAACCCUUUAUCGGGCAAGUGACUUUAAAUGAUAACUUCUGCAGAUAUCCAAAAUGGCAUCGCUACACGGCGCAGUGAGGUUGGAAAAUCACAUGACCUUUCUCAGCCAAUCAGCGAAGGUUAGGCUAUGUCACAGAUUGAUUUUUUUUUUCAAUAUUUUUAAAGCAAAAAAGUCUUGUUGUGCCCUGCAAUGACACUAUAGGAAAAAGAUAAUUUAAUUUUGAAUUAACAAGCAUUUGAAAGGCUGUCUGAUAAAGGGUUUAAUAAAAGUCUGUUACAGUCACACAGUGCUGAUUAGACCUUCGCUCCACAUAACUCCCUCUGUGUUUCUCGGUAUAGCAGUGAGUGUAUAGAUCCAUUGCCCGGUGACAGAAUAAUAAAAAAAAUCAACAGAAGUUACGCAUUGCAGCUUUAAGAUGACAGCUCACAGUAUAAUGGUCAUGCUUUUGGGGAAGAAAAAACAACGCAGACCUCCACAGCUAAGCCAUAACAACACUGACGGUAAUAUAGAUAUUUUUUAAGACCGAGUGAGCUCAGUGUUGAGGUCGUAGCUAAUCAUACGGUUGCUGCUUCCCCCGGUUUUAGAUAAAUAUCCAGUCACUUACUGUAAUGCAGGGUUAUUACCGUUAUUACAGGUUACAUAUUCAUGUACUGUACUGUGUUGGUCUCAGGGUCAGUCUUGAGUGUACACGGGGAACUUAAGUCUCCUGCUGCAUCCAAUAUUAAUGUUUGUGUCUUCAGCUGCAACAAAGAAAAAAAGAAAAAAGAA